AAACUAAAAUUAUUUUGGUCUUUUAUAUUUUAUUGAGAAUUGAAAAUAUUUCGUAAUAAAGAUAUAGCAAAAUUAUUAGAAGGAAAAUGCACUUAUCAUUAAUUGACAGAUAUAUUUACAUAGAAUAAAAAUGUAUAAAAUGAUAUAUCAAAUAAAUACGAAGAAAGUAAUGAAGUUGAUUUAUCUUAUUUUAAUAUUUUUCAAUUUUAUUAAAAAUAUAAAAACAAAUGAUAAAUCGAGUGGAGAAUAUCUUCAAAAUGUGAUGCUUCAACUUCAAGAAUUUAAUGUUCCUUCUUCUAUAAAUAAUUACGAUCGAUUAUCAUCAAAUAAUGAUUAUAAAAAUGUAAUUUAUAUGAAUGAAGACCAACAAAAUCAUAAAAUUCAAAAAAUUAAUAUGAAUAUACGGCGAAAUACACAAAAACAUCAAAAUCAUAGUUUUCAACAAUAUGAUAUUUUUUUUAAUAAAAAGAUUGAUUUAAAUGUUCCGCAUUAUUAUGAGUCUCAUAUUCCUACUAAAGUACAAGAACCAGAAAUACUUGGAUUUACAAAGACAGAAUUGGCAUCUAUGUAUAAAAACGCAUUAGAAAAAGGAUCAACAAUCAAUUUAUCUUCAUUAACUAAUGCACUCUCUUCUGGUGAAAUACCUCAAAUUAGUCAAACUCAUGUGGAAUUUCCAAUCAAGCAGCCUCUCUAUGAAUAUUAUUUUUUUCCAUUAAAAACUUUCAUGUCAGAGUUAAAAAAAAAUCACAGUUAUAAAACAAUUUCUACUACUUCUGCAUUUGACAAUACGAAAGUUGCACAAAUCCAAACGCAAUUAUCAAAUCCUCUCAUUGUAGCCAUAAGCACUUUUAUCACUAUGGCAGUUGUAUUUAUAAUAACCGUUCUGUUUUUACCGAAAUUUAUUCAACUUGAUGUACUUCCCGCGCGAAAUAUUCAAGAUGAUUUCUUUUAUCUGACAAAUAUAGUCACGAUUACAAAUGCUACCGAAUGUAACAAUUUUUUAGAUAAAUUUAUAAGUCAUUAUAUAAAUUCUAUUAAAUAGUUCAUAAUAAAAAUAAUACAAUAAUAAGAUAAAUAAUAUAUAUAUAUAUAUAUAUAUAUAUAAUAUAUAUAUAACUAAAUAAAAUUUAUAAUAAAAUUUAUUAUAUAUAAGAGAAAAAUGUAAACUUAAUUUGUAAAAAAAAUGCUAUAUUAUUUUAGAUUAUAUUUUAUAUUUUAAAUUAUAUUAGCUAUUAAAUUAUAAUAUAUAAAAUAAAAUAAAAUUAAACAAUGUCAAAAUAUAUUCAUAACAUCUAUUUAAUUAUAUCAUUUGUUAUCAGUUAGAUAAAUUUAACAAAAACAACAUUGAGCUAAACAAAACAAUUCUUAAUUAAUAACAUUAUAUAAUAUUUCUAAUUUUGUUCUUAAAAAAUGUUUUACAAUUAUUUAUUUUUGUACAUAAAUAUUAAUAAAAUUAUGUGUAGUAGUUAUAUAACUAGAGAUAUACUCGAAAUAAUACAACAUUAAACAUCUACAAUAUUAUAAAAAUCUAUAAAUAUUGUGCAUCUUUGUAAUUCUAAUUACAAUAGAGAAAAUAGAAAUAAGUUAUUUUGCGUGAUCUAUUUAAGGAAUGUAUGUGUAUGUAAUUACAUUCGAAAAUUAUUUAAAUUUAUAAAAAAAAUGUUUUCAAAGAUACUUUUCAAACUUUCCUAUAUGUAUAUCUAUGUAUUAUAAAAGUAUAUUUGAAUAUAUUUUAUGAUCUGUACAAUAUGAAAUAUACAUAAAAAGGAAGGCACAUUUUGGAAUAAUACCUGUAAGCUCAUUGUUCAUUUUACGUGUUGUCUAUUUCCUCUUUCUUUUUUUUUUUUUUUUUUUUAUCAAUCUGUUCGAUUGACAGUA